AUGAACAUGAACUCAAAGAAGGCUCGAAGGAGCGCCCAAAGAAUCAAGUCGCAUGAACAUGGCUACAAGUCACCAAUUUUACCCAUCAACUUUGAAGAUCAGAAACAGCGUUUUUUCCGCGAAGGGAAACCGCCGGAGUUCGUGCUGCGAGGAAGUUCUGAGGAGGUAAAGAAAAUUACAAGUCGUGAGAAGGCGGUAGUUCGAUUUGACCACCUCGAAGAAGCAGAGCGAAUUCUGAACAUCGUUAAAUCUGCCUAUGGAGACGGGAACGUGUUCCUUGAUGCGUCGUUUGGUCCGGAGAUCACCAAGGAAACAGCGACCAAGGCCGUGGCGGACUAUAUCAACGACAAUAACCUGGACGGUUGCAUAACUAUCACCUGGUGCUCUGAUCUGGCAUGCAGUGCUACUAUGAUGUGGCAAGGUCCGGCUUUAAAAUACAACCGACCAGAGGCCAGGCGGUACAGUCUGUGGUUGAAUGACUCAAGGGCGAACACCUUCCUUCGAGAAAGAGGCAUCACCAGUUUACUGCAUCACGAAAUAGGCACACAUUUUUUCCGCAUGCAUAACGACGGCCUUCAGCCAUGGUUCUCCGAUCGCAAGCGUUUUCGUCUGACGCCAAUGUCCUCCCGUAAACUGGUGUCCACGGAAGAGGGUUUGGCCACUAUUAACACUGUACUGGACUCCCGAGUUCAAUUCUUAUGGACAGCAGCUCUUCUCUAUUAUUCUGCCUGCAAAGCCGAAUAUAUGAGCUUCGGAGAGCUCUAUGAGCAUCUAGAAAAGUUUGUUAACGACAGAGAACAAAGGUGGAAACAUUGCAUACGUGUCAAACGUGGGCUAGAUGAUGUCAACGUACCUGGUGGAUACGGAAAGGAUCAGUGUUACCUGGAAGGUGCCAUAAAAAUUCUGAAGGAUGUUGACAAUAUUGAUUUCACCAUUCUAAUGGCUGGGAAAAUUUGCACAGAUGAGGUACAAAGGUGCAAGCGUCUAGCUCGAACAGAUAUUAUACGAUUACCUCAAUUCAUGGCGGACAUGGCAGAAUACAAGAGCGCUCUUCGCCAAAUUGCACAAAUCAAUGGCAUAGGCCAUGAAACUAUUCCAAAAACUCCCAGGUCCAUACAUUCAAAACGAUCAAACAAACGUUAUCAGGACAGCAGAACCCCUGUCCAAAACAUUCCGAAGACCACGUCCGUGCAUCGAGCGGAGUUGAAAAGGGAAUCUGUCGAUACACUUAACAAGUCCAGCCGUUCCGUCUCCGGGAACUUUGAGAUGUGGCAUAGACUCUAUUCUCUCACACCACAGCCCUUUCGCUACAAGCAUGCUCCCAUGCCCGUUAGCCCAUCCCCCUUCUCGCCUCAGGAGGACAGCGAUCCCGAGCCGUUCGAGACCAGAGCUUCCACCACCAGUCCCUGCGAUCCAGAGAGAUACAUCUACUCCAGAAGCAGUUCCGUCAGUUUUCUGUCCUCUUCAGAUGUUCGCCCCGCCAGUGCAACGUCGGCCAGCAGGGCGGCUCCUGAUACCCCAGCACCACGUGGAUCUCACAUUGUACGUCCCAAAGAUACAGCACAUGAGAUUCGCCGGUACUCUGAGCGAAUGCUUCAUAGAAGGAAGUUCAAGAAAUCAAAACCCACCGGCAAGAGAAAGAAGAAAGCCUUGAAAAAAGCUAAAGGAACUUUCCCUAAAGUAGACAUACUGGAUGUGCAACCAGUGUCUGACGAAGAAGCAAACAACAGCUACCGUUUUGGGUGCCUAAAAAUUGAGGAUAGUAAUGAUAGGUGA